UGCUCUGUGAAAAGCUGUCUCACUGCCUUUCAUGUCACCUGUGCCUUUGAGCACGGCUUGGAAAUGAAGACUAUCCUAGAUGACGGUGAUGAAGUAAAAUUCAAGUCAUUUUGCCUCAAGCAUGGCCAAAACAAGCCAAAAAUUGGGGAGGCCGAGUACCACCACCAUAGAGUUGCUGAGCAGAGCCAGGCAAAAAGUGAGAAAACCAGCCUGCGGACACAGAAACUUCGUGAACUAGAGGAAGAAUUCUACACCUUGGUCCAGGUGGAAGAUGUUGCCAAAGAGCUGGGGCUAUCUGCAUUAACUGUUGACUUUAUCUAUAACUACUGGAAACUGAAGCGCAAAAGCAACUUCAACAAACCAUUAAUUCCUCCCAAAGAGGAUGAAGAAAAUGGCUUGGUACAGCCAAAAGAAGAAAACAUCCAUACUCGCAUGAGAAUGUUUAUGCACCUGCGGCAGGACCUAGAGAGGGUUCGAAAUCUAUGCUACAUGAUAAGCAGGCGAGAGAAGCUGAAACUUUCACACACCAAAGUGCAAGAACAGAUCUUCGGUUUGCAAGUCCAGCUUAUUAACCAAGAAGUUACAGAAGGACUUUCUUUGACAAAUGCACUAGAGAACUCAUUGUUUUACCCACCACCACGUAUCACCUUAAAGUUGAAAAUGCCUAAAUCAACCUCAGAAGACUGCAGAGACAGCUCCACAGAAACAGAACACCAACCCUCCUCGCCUGGCAGCAGCUCCCCUGGUCACAAUAAAAGGAGCCCACAAAUGCCUGAGGAGGCGCUGGACAUGAAUGUGAAAAUGUAUCCACGACAUCCACUAGAAAUCAAGAGUAACUGUUUGCUGGCUAGUCACAGUCAUUCUCGAAGUGAAGCCAAGAGUUCCAGUCCUGCUCAGAGAGCUCCAUCUGCCGAGCUCUAUCAUGGGCAAUCAUUAGGAAAGCCUCUGGCCCUUCAGGCUGCCCUCCACGGACAGGCUUCUAUUGGUAAUGGGAAGAAUCAGCCUAACUCCAGGCUUGCCGGUUCCAAUGGUCUGGAGGGCAACUGGUCUGGAAACAUCACCCAGAAAGAUAAUUUAGAUGAGAUUUUCUGUGACCAGGAGUCAAUGCUCAGCCCCCACUUGCCCAGUCAGGGCAACAUUAGAAAAUCUGGCAUAGAACACUUUAGCAGAUCCUUUAAGGAGGCCACCAAUACAUGGGUGAGGCCCACUGAGGACCUCCAGUACUGUGCUAAACCAACUAAGAAUGUGAGUUCUAAGGAGCAGUUGUGGGGUAGACAGCUUCUCAGGCGGUCAGCAGGAAGAGCUCCAUAUCAGGAAACUGAUGGGUAUUGCCCUGAUUUAGAGCCCAGCGAUUCAGAAGCAGAAGGGGAAGGGAGUAAAGAAACAGCAAGGGUAAAGAGAGAAAGUUCUGACCGAGAAAAUCCUUCUCAUGAUUCUGUUCGGGAAUGCCAUGGGAAAAGCGAGACACAUCCUCAUUCCCACAGCUCAAUGCAAAGGUGAUCAGAAAUACCUAAGCAGACUUUGCCCCACAUUCUAGGGGAAAUCUAAACACCCAAAGGAUUCUAGUGUAUAUUAGGAGGAAUUGCAGGGAAAAUGAUGGUAUGAUGUUUCGAAAAGGUUUCAGGUCUAGUUUUUAUAAGCACAUUACAAGAGUUGCAGAUUGACUGGGGUUGCUUUGUUGGAGGCUGCUGGUAACAGUUGGGCCCAGAGUAUUUGCUCAGUGAGUACUUCAGGACCGCUUUUCAGUUAUCUUAACACACUGAUUAAACUACGUAUUAAGAAUCAUUGUAUUGUCAAUGGAUUUGCGAGAGAACAUGACAGACACUAAA